CCCAGCUCCCGUCAGUUGCUCGCCAGUCAGCGUCGUGUGAGGUGUUGCGUCGUCCUUCUGCCUCCCGCCGACACUUGUCCCAACUUUUAAAAACCAAGUGAACUAGAAAGCCAAGUCCCUGAAUAUCAAAACCCAAAGGAUCCUCUGAAUUUAACCCCCUCCGCUGAUCCUAACACUCACGAACAACUUACUAUCUAAACCAGAGACGCGACGGAUGCGCCGAAGAACUCCCGCGGAAGUUGAUUAAGAGAAAAAAUUAAUAAAUCUAAAGAGUUCAAGGACGUGGACAUACUGAAGGGCACUCAUGACACCUUCAAGGACUGCCUGAGGAUGGGCUGGGGAGAGGAGGAGCUGUAGGACCGACAGGAAAGGAAGGAAAAAAAAAAGAAAGGAAGUCACGGAUACGGGCGGAAGUUACUGCGACGUUGAAGACCCUUUGAUGGCGAUGGUGGGCGUGUGGGCGUGGGUGGCGUGGUGUGGCGCCCUCGCCCUCGCCUCCCCUGGAGUCAGCAGUUUAAGAUCGUCCUCCCUGCCGACAACCAGCACCCGUUUUCUUCACCGAGACUUCCUGCUGGUGGGCUUGGCGAGGAGGAAGACGCGGGGCAGCGGCGUGGGCACUGGCAUUACUAUAACAAGCGGUAGCAGUAGCAGUCCAGUGGAACCCAUACGACCCCUGCUUGACCUGACCUCGGGCACGACAGGGGAGCCUCAGGUCACGCCGCCCCUGCCCCUCUUUGACGAGGCAGCGCCGAGAAAUGUGUCGGAACUGACGGGAAACGCGGCCUACCUACACUGCAUUGUGCAUAACCUCGGGAACAGAAGUGUGUCGUGGAUGAGGCAGCGGGACUUAAGGAUCAUGACAGUGGGGCGCUACACGUACACCACAGACCAGCGCUUCGAGGUGAUCCACUCUCCGGGCUCGAAGGACUGGAUACUCAAGAUCAAGUACGCACAAGUGAGGGACUCCGGCAACUAUGAGUGUCAGGUGUCCACUAAGCCCGUGAAGUCGUAUGCGGUGCGUCUGACAGUCUUUGCUGCUCCUCAUGCGGCCAUCAUCGGCUCCCCAGACAUGUACGUCGACAUGGGCUCAACGAUCAACCUCACCUGCGUCAUCAGCCACACACCUGAGCCUCCGGACUACAUCAAGUGGACCCACAACGGCCAGCCUCUGCAGUACGACUCCCCAAGAGGAGGCAUCACGGUGGUGACUGAACGAGGCAACACAACCAGCGGAUACCUGCUUAUACAGGACGCCAAGGAAUCGGACAUCGGGAAUUACACGUGUGCUCCCUCCAACACCGCCGCUUCCACGCUCAGGGUCCAUGUCCUCAACGGGGAGACUCCGGCGGCGAUGCAACACAACGGAACUGCAUUCCCGCCAAGCCAACACCCCGGCCUGUGCGCGCUGCUUCUGCUGCUGCUGCUGCUCCUGACGGGGAGCACAUUUACCCACGGUGCUGUCAAGGAUGGGGACACCUGAGCUCCGGGAACACGCCGGCCACCUCAUGGUGUCCACUUGUUAAGUGCCUUGUGCGUGUGUCUGUCCAUGUGUCUCUGUGUCCUGCCCUGCCGCGAAGUGUCGCCGCCCCGCCCCAGCCGCUCCCGAGCUGCGACGUGUCGUUCCCGCAGUGAGUGCUCGGCUUUCACAUUAUUUGCUCCCGUGCAUAACUUGAGGACUCCCGCCCAGCCCCACUCCCCGCCCCCAUUCCGACCCGGGGCGUAUCUCACCACGCGGGACUAUCGCCACUCCAGCAUUAGCCAUAAUAAUAACUUGCGCCGCCACGCCGGGUUGCCGCGGCCUGGCGGGAGGCAAGACGAAGGCGACACACACUGCUGUGGCCCUGAACUCUGGAAGUAAAGAACCAUCGGACGCGGGGCGGCGGACAGGGCGCCAGGAUGCCGAGACCGCUACAGAGCGACGCAUCACACCCCCUCGGCGGCAACGUGUGGACAGAACUGAACAUCGGUGGCGGGACAGUGUUUCUGGUGACGGUGGAGGGAUGGCCACUGUGUUUUUUCUAUCUCAUAAGGUGCUCAGGCAAUUUCAGAGGAAAUAUCUUAAGCAGGCUGAUCCUGGCCGGGUGCUUGGCGGCCCCGGCACUCACCAGGGAGGCCUCAUCCUAGACUUCCUCUUUAAGCCCAGUAAUUCGUAAUCCUCCCCUCUUUACGAUCACUGCUCCAUCACACACUUCAUUUCCGAAGGUCACUCAGGUGUAAUCUUCCACUGAAAGCUCUUAUUAUCUAUCCUCAGCGCUCAUCCUACUCCCCCUCUAACGCGGCAAAUGGUCGGCUGAUGCGACUUUAAACCUCGUAAUUCUCCUCCCGCCGGUUACGACCCCUGCGCCCUAAUGCCACACUUUCUAUGGAGAGACACGGCCCGUCCUCCGCCCCCGCCGCAACAAGGGCCAGUAAGGGUCUUCAAGAGGCCGUUCAUAGCUCGACAAAGACUCCCUUGCCCCGAUCCGCCAACACCACUCCCCUGAAAUGACUGUAAAUAAUCUUGGGAGAGAGAGAAUGGAAAGUGUGAAAAUCCAGAUGAGGUAAAGUAAGGAAAACAGGGACGUGAUUUGCUAUGUUGUGAUUUGGUCUUAUCUUCGUCAGUCAUCAAUAUAGGCGUGUUUUGGAGGUUUGUAAGUGAUUCCAUCGUCCCUAUCGACACGACACGUAAGCAAUGAUGGGGUUUGAGUGAGUCAGUGAAAAUGUGGGAAAAAAAUAUGCGAAAAUAAAGAAGUGAGUGAGAGAGAAAAAAAACAUGCAAGAAGGAACGUGUUAUUUUGGCCACGAGUGUCAAUAAAAAACGAGGUAAAAAAUAGAAAAAUGGAAGAGAAAACAGAGCAAUUAUGAACAAAAGGGGACAAGCGGCCACUCCUCCCUCCCUAACUCAUCACAAUGUAGAGUCCACGUCACGACUUCCUCCCACAAAUAAAAAAUAUAUAAAACUGUCUUUUUAUAUAAUUUAGUAUGUAAUUAACUACCAUAAAGUCCAUCCUCCGUCAUACUCAGAUGUGCACGUUAAGAGUUAUCCCUUAUCACAUUUUUUUCCCUCCACUCUCUCUCUUUCCCUGUUUUCCUUCAUUUCCUCCCCUUUUCCCAAAUUCUCACUUUUGAUUAUUCUCUUUUACUUACUUUCUUCUCAUCACUUUCUUUCGUACCUCAUUCUUUCUGUGUCUCUAUAAUUCCUCUUUCUUUUUCUUUACUUCCUAUUCAUCAUUUCUUUCUCUCCAGUUUACUCUCUUUCUAUCAUCAAUCUCUUUCCAUAAAACAUUUCCUCCCCCUAUCCUUUUUUUUUCAUGAUUCUUUGUUGUUCAUUAUCUUUCUCUGUGUCUUUCUUUACCGUUCCAUGUUUUUCGUCAUUUUAUUCCUUUUUGUGACUCUCCUGUAUUUGUUCUUCUCUCUCUCUCCUUCAUGCUUCACUUUUCUAAUUACCUCCAGUCAUUAAGUGUUUACAGACUAUGACUCUUCACCUUUAUCUCCUCGCUCCUUUUAUCCCAGCUGUCUUCUCACUUUUACAUCUCAUCCUGUCUCUGAUAUAUCAUUUUACUUAUAUGUUAUUUUACCUAUCUCUUUUUCAUUUGCAUCUACAUCAAAACACUAACUUAUUUCUAUAUUUGCCUUCAACCAGUCUUACCACGUAUCUUACAACUUACUUGCUUACCUAUCCAUCUACUUAUUUACCUUACAUUACCAAACCUAACCUAACCUAUCUAUCAAUCUAUGUAGUUCUCUCCCACUCGACGUGUGUGUGCGUGUGAUUUAUUAUUACCUUACCUGUGCGUGUUUCUUUAAUCUGUACUACGCAUCCGUCUACCUCUAUGUGACAGUAUUUUGAAACCUAUCUACUCGCAUCUCACUAUAUUCAAAAGGCUCUAUUUGAUGUUACUCAGGUGUUCGGGAGUGUUUCUUUGUUCUAGUUGAAUUAUGAUGAGAUUUCUGCAUUUUGUACUGGAGGAACACUCGUGAGAAAUCAGUAAAUCAUGUUUGUUGCCUUUGAAAAUAGAUGUGGUGAGAGAUUAGUGUUUCUGAAUACUGACUUGUAUCUUAAUGAGUCAACUAUUCCUCUCUCUCUCUCUCUCUCUCUCUCUCUCUCUCUCUCUCUCUCUCUCUCUCUCUCUCUCUCUCUCUCUCAUCCCAUCCCCUGUACAUCACAUAAGCUGUUAUUUUUGUAUGUACAGCAGCACCCUGACACACCUGUACACCCUCACCUCUCCACCCAGAGGACUUCUACUGGUAGGCAUACAUAUAUAUAUUUUUGUCAUGUAUAGCUUCCACCCCCAUGUCGUCACGGUGUUUGGAAUGUUUGAAUGUAUUAAUCUUCCCUUCUGUCAGUCAGUGUGUGUGUGUGUGUGUGUGUGUGUGUGUGUGUGUGUGUGUGUGUGUGUGUGUGUGUGUGUGUGUGUGUGUGUGUGUGUGUGUGUGUGUGUGUGUGUGUGUGUGUGUGUGUGUGUGUGUGUGUGUGUGUUCUGUAAAAUAUGUAUGUGUUUACGGUUAUACUACUUAAUGAUAAUACAUAAUAAAAAUAAUACCACCUUUGUACAUGUACGAAUCUGGUUU